CCUCCUCCCACGGAUGUGAUCUUCGUGGUGGGACGCUAAGUUUUUAAACUACCCCAAUGGAUGCAGACAGCGAUGUUGCAUUGGACAUUCUGAUUACAAAUGUAGUCUGUGUUUUUAGGACAAGAUGCCAUUUGAACUUAAGGAAGAUUGCUUUGGAGGGAGCAAAUGUAAUUUAUAAGCGUGAUGUUGGAAAAGUAUUAAUGAAGCUUAGAAAACCUAGAAUUACAGCUACAAUUUGGUCCUCAGGAAAAAUUAUUUGCACUGGAGCAACAAGUGAAGAAGAAGGUAAAUUUGGUGCCAGACGUUUAGCACGCAGUCUACAGAAACUAGGUUUUCAGGUGAUAUUUACAGAUUUUAAAGUUGUUAACGUUUUGGCAGUUUGUAACAUGCCAUUUGAACUCCGUUUGCCAGAAUUCACAAAGAAUAAUAGACCUAAUGCCAGUUAUGAACCUGAACUUCAUCCUGCAGUGUGCUAUAGAAUAAAAUCUCUAAGAGCUACAUUACAGAUUUUUUCAACAGGAAGUAUCACAGUAACAGGGCCCAACGUCAAGGCUGUGGCUACUGCUGUGGAGCAGAUUUACCCGUUUGUGUUUGAAAGCAGGAAAGAAAUUUUAUAAUUGAUCACUUCAUUGGUUAGAAUCCCUAUCUGAGCACCUUUUAAAACGUGCUGCACAUUGGACUCAAAACAAAAGGAAACUGGACCAACAGUAGUGGAGGAGGUGGACUCUUUUACUCAGUCACGGCUGCAGCUACGC